UGACAGGCAGAAGUUUUGGUGAGAAGGAUUUUCGUUCUGGAUUAGAAAACGGCAUUCUUCUGUGUGAGUUGCUGAAUGCAAUAAAGCCGGGACUGGUAAAAAAGAUCAAUAGACUACCGACCCCCAUUGCAGGUUUGGAUAAUAUCAUCUUAUUCUUAAGAGGCUGCAAAGAGCUGGGGCUUAAAGAAUCUCAGCUUUUUGAUCCUGGUGAUCUGCAGGACACAUCAAACAGAGUAACCAUCAAGAACAUUGACUAUAGUAGGAAGCUGAAAAAUGUAUUAGUCACCAUUUAUUGGCUAGGGAAAGCGGCAAACAGCUGCACGUCAUAUAGUGGAUCAACCCUGAACCUGAAGGAGUUCGAAGGAUUGCUGGCACAAAUGAGAAAGGAAACGGAGGAUAUUGAGAGCCCGAAGCGCAGCAUUCGCGAACGCAGCGGCUCCCUCUCCCCGCCGCGCCAUGGCAGAGAUGAUUCCUUUGACAGCCUGGACUCCUUUGGCUCCCGCUCGCAGCAGACACCGUCUCCAGAUGUAGUGCUCAGAGGGAGCAGCGAUGGGAGAGGAAGCGACUCGGAAACGGACCUGCCGCACAGAAAGAUGCCAGAUGUGAAAAAAGAUGAUAUGUUGGCGAGGCGGACCUCACACGGUGAACCUAAAUCAGCUGUGCCUUUUAACCAGUACCUCCCGAACAAGAGUAAUCAGACUUUCUAUGUACCUGCUCCACUUCGAAAGAAGAAAGCUGAACGAGAGGAGUACCGAAAGAGCUGGAGCACGGCGACUUCACCCCUAGGAGACAGACCUUUCAGAUUCGGCCCCAGAACUGCUGUGUCUGAUGACGCAGAGAGCGUGAGCAUGUUUGACAUGAGAAGUGAAGAAGAAGCUGUGACUCAGCCUCAUAGCAAAGCUCGCCAUGAGAAACUGCAGAACGUACACAACCAGCUGAAAGAGGACGAGACCAGAUGGCAGGACGACCUGGCUCGGUGGAAGAGUCGCCGAAGGAGCGCUUCACAGGAUUUAAUAAAAAAAGAAGCUGAGAGAAAGAAAAUGGAAAGGUUGUUGUCUGGAGAUGGAAUGAACGAGCGCAGAAAAAGCAUCAAAACCUACCGAGAAAUUGUGGAAGAGAAAGAGAGAAGAGAGCGGGAGCUUCAUGAGGCAUACAAGAACGCAAAGUCACAGGAGGAGGCUGAGAGCAUCCUCCAGCAGUAUAUCGAAAGAUUCACUAUCAGCGAAGCUGUCCUUGAGCGUUUGCAGAUGCCAAAAAUUCUGGAAAGAAGCCAUUCAGUGGAGCCAAAUUCCCCACUGAAAGACCCAAAUCCUCUGAGGUAUUUAAGGCAACAGUCGCUGCCUGCUCCAAAAUUCACUGCCACCAUUGAAGCCACCAUUGUUCCCACCGCUGAACUAGAACCCAGCAGUUCGACGGGCCGCACAUCUCCCAGCAAAAGCGUUGUCUCCAAGGCUGUGCCUAUGCUGACACCCAAGCCUUACUCGCAACCCAAAAAUACACAGGAAGUUUUAAAGAACUUUAAGGUAGAUGGAAAAGUCAGCAUGAACGGAGAAAACUUCAACGGUGUGGAAGAGAAGGAUAAAGAGUGUUCAACAGUAAUAUUUACUCCUUCGCCAAGCAGAUCUCUGAAAUUUGAUGGAGUAGCCAGAGGGGACAGGCCCCCGGUAGAGUUGAAGAAGGACCCCACAAGUGCUGAGCUCGGUUUACAGAGCCCUGCCACUCAGAGUGUGCACAAAGAGCCAACAGCCUCGCCGGUGGAAGCAGAUGGAGCCGCCAGCAAGCAGGUUGGGGCCAGCCCUGGCAGCGCGGGACCGGGGAGCCCAGUGUGCCCGUCCCCAGGUUCAGAUCAAAAGCAAUUCAAGUCAACUGCAGCUUGUGCCAGCCCGGUUGUGAAGAGAUUAGAAUUUCUUCCCAGUCCUGUCCCUUCAGAGGAAGCUGCUUCAAGUGAGAAAGAUGUGAAGAAACCUGAAAUGGAGCAGCAGAAGGAAGCAGAGCUCCCUGCUACACCAGAGGUGAUGAAACCGAAAGUCCUGGAACAAGAGGGGAGUGUAGUAUUGCCAUUUUUAAAGAAACUACCUGAGACCAGCCAAGUUACUCUGCAGAAUUCUGGUCUACAAGAGCCGCCCCGCGGGGCCGCGGUUCCGCUUAGGGUUCGCAACAACUGGCGGCGAUCGCAGUUUUUCUCGCAGUCAGCUGAUUCUGAGACUGGUGACAAAUCAAACGUGAUGUCACGUUUCAAUUUCUGGUCCUGGGAUCCAGAAGAAGAGCGAAAGCGCCAGGAAAGGUGGCAGCACGAGCAAGAACGCUUGCUUCAGGAGAAGUAUCAGAAGGAGCAGGACAAGCUGAAAGAGGAAUGGGAAAAGGCCCAAAGAGAAGUUGAAGAGGAGGAGCGUAGAUAUUACGAGGAGGAACGUAAGAUAAUUGAGGAUACUGUAGUUCCAUUCAUUGUUUCUUCAAACUCUGCUGAGCUCCUCUCCUCCUCCUCUUCUGCCACUGAAGGAAACAAGACAGCGAACUCAACUGAUUCAAACAGCUCUCCAGAGGAAGGCAAGCAAAAAGAAGUUGCAAGGCAGAAAAAGCUGCUCUGGGAGCAGAACAGGACGUCGUCUCUGAAAAGCAAGGAAAAUGAACUCUGGCAAGAAAAGAGGAGUGGAAACAGAGUGCUCUCAGGACACCCAGAGACGGGUAUCUUGAAAGGAGGUGAACAGGAGCACCAGGUGCCGGUGAUGGAGCGCAGCUCACCUGCCAGGCUGAAUCUGCCGUUGACUCAGGAUGUCUCCUGGAAUCAGCAGUUGCUGACAAAGCAGUCCCCGCAUCGCACAGAGGACAUUCGGCAGAGACCGGUCCUGGGCCAGAGUGUGGGACAACAGCCGAGCCCUGCAGGGGAAACAAGGAGGGCGGGCUAUCAUGAGAACUUCCAAUCUGGGCCAUCGUCUCCCUGCUCUCCCGCUGCUCCGAGUCAGUCACCCAACAGAUCUGUCAGCGGGAAGAAGCUGUGUUCUACCUGUGGGCUUCCUCUUGGAAAAGGAGCUGCCAUGAUUAUAGAAACGCUUGGUCUCUAUUUCCAUAUUCAGUGCUUCAGGUGUGGCAUUUGCAAGGGACAGCUGGGAGACGCAGCAAGUGGGACAGAUGUCAGGAUUAGAAACGGUCUUCUUAACUGCAACGAUUGUUAUAUCCGAUCCAGAACUGCUGGACAGCCGACUACAUUGUGACAUGGCUUCAGUCCCAAUAACUUUCAAGAAGGAACUCUCUUCUCAUAUGUAUCGGCUGCCUCCAGACAAUCACUUGUAAGAGCUUGAAUUCAUGGACAUCAUGGCUUUCAUUGCAUUUUGAAAAACUCAUAAAAACACUGCACCUGCUCCUUUAAAAUGCAAUAUGUUGUUUUUUCCCUUUCUUAAGAAAUCUGAAAAAUAUGUAUGACCGUGUUUGGGAAGGCAAAGCCUAAGUACUAUAAAAAAAAAACCCCACCUUUCAGGUAUGCUUAUGAUUUCCAGUCUGUUACCUUGUUCUUUUGAAAGUAAUAAGAAAAGAAACAUGCAAUAAAGCUGUUUUGUUUUAAUAUUUCUAGGAAUUAAAAAGUUUAAGUUUACACGGCCUUUAUAGAAUAUGCCAACUUGAGCUGAGAAGUAAUUUUAAGAUAGUAUCUAAUCAGUGCAUUUGAAAAACUAAACAUCGCAGCACAACUUCUCUGUUAUAACUGAAGCUAUAACUUUUUUUAUACGGACACUAGUUUGAUAAUACAUCCCAUAAUUCUGAAGCAUUUUGUGUUUAUAUUACCUUCAGUGGAGGGUAGGAGUUAUACAAAUAAAUUAUUGCACCUUUAGUGAUAGGAUUUUUUUUUUGUUUGUGUACCUCAAGUAAUGUUCAUGACUAUAGCUUAAUAUUCUCUCAAAUAAAGAUUUCUUCAUUAAACCUAAAGA